UUCCGAGACUAGUUUUUUUUGGCUUGUUGGAUGUAGAAAUAAAAUCUGGAAACUACACAGGGAGGCGCAAUGCGCUCCCUCUGCGCGUAGUAAAGAUAGCACCCGGACGUGCCAACGGUCAAAUCUCGCGCCAAAGGGCAGAGUAUGAGCUUGUCCCGUACCGUUGGUCUCUCUCCAAGCCCUACCCUUUCUUUCUUCCACACGGUGUUUAAAUCUUACAUUGAAAGCAAAACCUCUGGCCGGGCUUUGGUCCUUUUUCGCCAAUUGUUGCAAUCCAAUGUGAGACCCAACGACCUCACUUUCUCUUUACUCCUUAAGGCCUGUGGAUCGUCUUAUUCUUCCUCUGAUUUGAAUUCAGUGAAUGAACGGCUAGAAGCAAAUCAGAUUCAGACCCAUUUGGUGAAAUCGGGCGGGGAACAAUUUGUGUAUGUAAGUACUGCCCUUCUUGAUUUUUAUAUGAAAUUGGGAUGUAUAAAACAUGCACAGCUGAUGUUUGAUGGUAUGCGUGAUCGAGAUGUUGUGUCUUGGAAUGCGUUGAUUUGUGGGUAUUCGCGAAAUGGGUAUGAUUUUGGUGCGUUGGAACUCUUUGUUCAAAUGCUUAGAGAGGGUUUUAUACCUAGUCACACGACUUUGGUUAGUUUAGUUCCAUCUUGUGGUCGGCAUGAGCUAGCAUUUCAAGGGAAAUCUAUUCAUGGUUUUGGAGUUAAGGCUGGCCUUGAUUUGGAUUCUCAAGCUAAGAAUGCGCUUACCUCUAUGUAUGCUAAAUGUGUGGACUUGGAAGCAGCAGAAAUUUUGUUUGGGGAAAUGGUUGAGAGAAGUGUGGUUUCUUGGAACACUAUGAUUGGUGCCUAUGGCCAGAAUUGUUAUUUUAAUGAGGCAAUGCUUGUUUUCAAUCAAAUGCGGGAGGAAGGUGUCGAAGCCAAUUCAGUAACCAUUGUGAGCCUUCUGUCAGCCAAUGCUCAACCUGAAUCUAUCCAUUCUUAUGCACUGAAAAAUGGUGUGGUCAAUGACGCUUCUGUGAUCACUGCCCUAGUUUGUGUUUAUGCAAGGUAUGUGAACACAGAAUUAGCAAAACUACUUUAUGAGUCAUUUCCCCAGAACAACUUGGUUUCCCUUACUGCAAUUAUUUCAAGCUAUGCUGAGAAGGGAAAUAUGGGUAUGGUGGUGGAGUGCUUUUCUCAAAUGCAGCAGUUAAACCUGAACUUGGAUGCAGUCGCUAUGGUUAGCAUCCUCCAUGGGAUCACACAUCCUGCUCACUUUGGCACUGGACUUGCAUUCCAUGGUUAUGGACUAAAGAGUGGGUUAAGUGUCGAUUGUUUGGUUGCAAAUGGCCUGAUAAGCAUGUACUCCAACUUUGAUGAGAUGGAAGCUGUUUUUUCUUUGUUUUUUGAGAUGCGUGAAAAACCAUUGGUCAGCUGGAAUUCUGUGAUAUCUGGUUGUGUACAGGCUGGAAGGUCAAGUGAUGCCAUGGAACUGUUCUGUCAAAUGAAGAUGUUUGGUCACAGUCCAGAUGCCAUUACCAUUGCUAGUUUACUUUCUGGGUGCUGUCAACUAGGGUACCUGCAAUUUGGGAAGAAACUUCAUAAUUAUGUCCUAAGAAACAAUCUAGAAGUGGAAGAUUUUGUUGGAACUGCUCUUAUAGAUAUGUACACCAAAUGCGGAAGAAUAGAGUGUGCUGAAAGGGUGUUUAAGAGCAUCAAAGAGCCAUGUUUGGCAACAUGGAAUGCAAUAAUCUCAGGCUACAGUUUGUAUGGGCUUGAGCAUAAAGCUCUUGGUUGUUUUUCUGAAAUGCGAGUACAAGGCCUAAAACCUGAUAAAAUCACUUUCUUGGGUGUUUUGGCUGCUUGUACCCAUGGAGGUCUUGUUCACGAAGGACGAAGGCACUUCCAAAUUAUGAGGGAAGAGUUUGGUAUGGUGCCAGGUUUGCAACACUCUGCAUGCAUGGUUGGUCUCCUUGGUCGUGCAGGCUUGUUUGAAGAAGCAAUGGAUUUUAUCAAGAACAUGGAGAUUGAGCCAGAUUCUGCCGUGUGGGGAGCUUUGCUCAGCGCUUGUUGCAUCCAUCAAGAGGUCAGGCUUGGGGAAUCUCUGGCCAAGAAGUUAUUUUUCUUGGAUUGCAACAAUGGUGGGUUUUAUGUGUUAAUGUCUAAUCUUUAUGCUGUAAAAGGGAGGUGGGAUGAUGUAGCAAGGUUGAGGGAGAUGAUGAGAGACACUGGAGGGGAUGCCUGUUCAGGCGUUAGCAUUAUUGAGGUGACCUCAAUUGAAGGCAUGAAAAGAAACUUGUGCUUGAGUAAAAUGAAUUUGAAUACAAAAUUUUGGCAGCCUCAGUCUUUAUAGUGAUUUUUAAAUGCUGAUAUCUCGUAUCAUACAUUUCUGGUAAAACACUUCUACAUGCCUCUUAGGGUUUGAUACAGUUCUGUUGACACCCUCUGAGCUUUCAAUUAUAAUGUCUAAUAACUGUUCUAAUCAAGUGCUCUAUCCACUUUCCAUUAAAAUCAUUAAUGAAAAUUAGUGUCACGAUAUUAAUUGGAUAUUACAGGAGAA